AAGCCCGUCGUGGCGGGCGGGCAACGGGCAGCCGGAGAGGCGUCGUCUCCGUCCUUCCUUCCCUUUCGCCCCCUCUUCCCCCCCCUCCCCCUCCCCGAGGAUGGAGAGAGCCAUGGAGCAGCUCAACCGGCUUACUCGGUCCCUGCGUCGUGCCCGCACGGUCGAGCUGCCCGAGGAUAAUGAAACUGCUGUGUAUACCUUAAUGCCAAUGGUUAUGGCUGACCAUCACAGAUCUGUUUCAGAGUUGCUGUCAAAUUCAAAGUUUGAUGUCAAUUAUGCAUUUGGACGUGUGAAGAGGAGUUUGCUUCAUAUUGCAGCUAAUUGUGGGUCAGUUGAAUGUCUAGUUCUGCUGCUAAAGAAAGGUGCAAACCCCAAUUAUCAAGAUAUUUCAGGAUGUACCCCACUUCAUUUGGCUGCUAGAAAUGGCCAGAAGAAAUGUAUGAGCAAGCUCCUAGAAUAUAGCGCUGACGUCAACAUUUGCAAUAACGAAGGCUUAACAGCAAUCCACUGGCUUGCUGUUAAUGGGCGAACCGAAUUGCUCCAUGAUCUUGUACAGCAUGUGACUAACGUGGAUGUUGAAGAUGCAAUGGGCCAGACAGCACUUCACGUGGCCUGCCAAAAUGGACACAAAACGACAGUUCAGUGUCUUUUAGACAGUGGUGCUGAUAUUAACAGGCCCAAUGUCUCAGGAGCAACUCCACUCUACUUUGCUUGCAGUCAUGGCCAAAGAGACACUGCACAGAUCCUUUUGAUGAGAGGAGCCAAAUACUUGCCAGAUAAGAAUGGAAUCACUCCACUUGAUCUCUGUGUACAGGGUGGCUAUGGAGAGACUUGUGAAGUCCUAAUACAGCAUCAUCCUAGGCUUUUCCAAACAAUUAUUCAAAUGACACAAAAUGAAGAUCUCCGAGAAAAUAUGUUGCGGCAAGUCUUGGAACACCUGUCUCAACAGAACGAAAACCAGUAUCUUAAAAUCCUAACUAGUCUUGCAGAGGUGGCUACAACAAAUGGUCAUAAACUGCUCAGCUUGUCAAGUAAUUAUGAAGCUCAGAUGAAAAGUCUGUUGAGGAUCGUGAGGAUUUUUUGUCACCUUUUUCGUCUUUGCCCAUCCACUCCAAAUAAUGGAAAUGACAUGGGGUACAAUGGAAAUAAAACUCCAAGAAGUCAAGUGUUUAAGCCUCUGGAAUUACUCUGGCACUCGUUAGAUGAGUGGCUCGCAUUAAUAUCAGCAGAACUGAUGAACAACAAAAGGAGCUCUGCCAAUAUUACUUCCAUUUUGCUGAAACAGAGAGGACCAGAUCAAGAAGAUGGCACUCCUAUGCAUAUCUUCGAUGUUGCUCCAUCUGGAAACAGCAGGGCCCUACCUGCAGAUGUAGGCGAGUCUAAAAUUUAUGAAGUUGGCAGCACACAGGAAGCAUAUGCAGAUUGCCAGGAUGUUAUUUCUGUGACUGCAAAUCGACUGAGUGCUGUGAUUCAAGCAUUUUAUAUGUGCUGUUCCUGUCAGAUGCCUCAGGGAAUGACAUCUCCAUGCUUCAUAGAGUUUGUCUGUAAGCAUGACAAUGUCCUUAAAUGCUUUGUAAACAGAAAUCCAAAAAUUAUAUUUGACCAUUUCCACUUUCUUCUUGAGUGUCCUGAGUUGAUGUCUAGAUUCAUGCACAUCAUAAAAGCACAGCCUUUUAAAGAUCGCUGUGAAUGGUUUUAUGAGCACCUGCAUUCUGGGCAGCCAGACUCAGACAUGGUUCAUAGACCAGUCAAUGAAAAUGACAUCCUCUUGGUUCACAGAGAUUCUAUUUUUAGGAGCAGUUGUGAAGUUGUAUCAAAGGCAAACUGUGCAAAACUAAAACAAGGCAUUGCUGUACGUUUCCAUGGUGAAGAAGGCAUGGGUCAAGGUGUGGUGCGUGAGUGGUUUGAUAUCCUGUCUAAUGAAAUAGUGAAUCCAGACUAUGCUCUCUUUACUCAGUCAGCUGAUGGAACUACAUUCCAGCCAAAUAGCAACUCUUCUGUAAAUCCUGAUCACUUGAACUACUUUAGAUUUGCUGGACAGAUCCUGGGUUUAGCCCUGAAUCACAGACAACUGGUCAACAUUUACUUCACAAGAUCAUUCUACAAGCAUAUUCUUGGUAUUCCUGUAAACUAUCAGGAUGUGGCAUCUAUUGAUCCAGAGUAUGGCAAGAACCUGCAGUGGAUUCUAGAUAAUGAUAUCAGUGACUUGGGGCUAGAACUGACUUUCUCUGUUGAGACUGAUGUAUUUGGAGCAAUGGAGGAAAUGCCUUUGAAACCAGGGGGUGCAAGUAUACUUGUCACACAGGAAAACAAAGUGAGUUGUUUCAGACUACGUUGGCAUGUUUUUCACCCUGCGAAGGAUUUCAGGCAGGAAUAUUUAUGGAACCUUCUGGGUACAAAGCAAAUGGAUGGUCUGUCAGUGAGCUGGGGCCCUUCACCAGGGACCAAGAGUUGGAUGACUGAACUGCUGCUUUCAGGCAUGCCAGAAAUCGAUGUGAGUGACUGGAGAAAAAAUACAGAAUACACAAGUGGUUAUGACAAAGAUGACCCAGUUAUUCAGUGGUUUUGGGAAGUUGUAGAAGAACUGACACAGGAAGAACGAGUGUUGCUGUUGCAGUUUGUCACUGGGAGUUCCAGGGUACCCCAUGGUGGCUUUGCCCAUAUAAUGGGGGGUAGUGGGCUGCAAAAUUUUACCAUUGCAGCUGUGCCAUAUACACCAAACCUCUUGCCCACAUCAAGUACAUGUAUCAACAUGCUGAAGCUUCCAGAGUAUCCAAAGAAAGAAAUUCUGAAGGACAGGCUUCUUGUGGCAUUACAUUGCGGAAGCUAUGGUUAUACAAUGGCAUAAUGAAGUUGGACAACAUCUCUGGUUGCUGAAAUUCCAAUUCAGAGUGGCAGAAGUAAUUUAGCAGCCUGUCAAUAGACGGAGGUGAUGAUUAGAAAAUAGUCUUGAUUUGCAUUCCGCAGGCGUGGUCAGCUUUCACAAGAUGGAAAGGAUUCAGUGUUUCUUCUUUCUCUAUGUCAUCCUAUGUCUAAGACACUGUUUCAUGGUAUAAAUUCAAGACGCAUUGUACCUUCAGUUUUUAAAUGAUGGUUCUGUAUUAAACCCGGCAUGUGUCCCACUUCCAUCUCUAAA